GCCCCCGGGGCCGCUCCGCUCCGCGCCCAUGGCCGAGGUGGGCGGCUUCCUGGGCGCGCUGGACCCCGACCUGCACGGCUUCCCCCCCGCGCUGAGCGCCGGGCUGCCCCUCGCCGACUCUCCCGGCUUCCUCAACGAGCGCCUAGGGCAGAUCGAGGGGCGGCUGCAGCGGGGCUCCCCCACCGACUUCGCUCACCUCAAGGGCAUCCUGCGGCGGCGGCAGCUCUACUGCCGCACCGGCUUCCACCUGGAGAUCUUCCCCAACGGCACGGUGCAGGGCACCCGGCAGGACCACAGCCGCUUCGGGAUUUUGGAGUUUAUUAGCCUGGCAGUGGGGCUGGUGAGCAUCCGUGGGGUGGACUCCGGACUCUACCUCGGCAUGAAUGAAAGAGGCGAGCUCUAUGGGUCGAAGAAGCUCACCCGGGAGUGCGUUUUCCGCGAGCAGUUUGAGGAGAACUGGUACAACACGUACGCCUCGACCCUGUACAAGCACCCCGACUCGGAGCGCCAGUACUACGUGGCCCUCAACAAGGACGGCUCCCCCCGCGAGGGGUACAGGACUAAGAGACACCAGAAAUUCACCCACUUCCUACCCCGGCCUGUGGACCCUGCCAAAAUCCCUGCCAUGUACAGAGACCUCUUCCACUACAGGUGA